UUUCUUCAGGACCAACAGUCUGGAACUCAGAAUCAAGUUCCUAAUACAACAUUAGCUCCACCAAAAGAAAGUAAAGAUUCUUCUGCUCCAAAAGGAACUUUAAAGAAGAGUUUCAAUAGGUUUUCUACAUUUGUUAAAUCUGGUGGUGAAGAUUAUAUUUUAGGAGGAACAAAUAUAAGUGUGCCUACAGAGCAGUGUAUAACAAUUCUAGAGCAAAAUGGUGAAAUUAUGUGGUUGGAUAGUCCAUCUCCUUACACAUGUUCAGUAGCACAUCCAAAUAAAAAGAGUAAAUUAAAAGGUUUAAAAAGUUUCAUAGCAUAUCAACUUAUUCCAUCUUUUAAUAAUAUAGCAGUUAGUCGAAGAUACAAACAUUUUGAUUGGUUGCAUGAGAGACUAGAAGAAAAAUUUUCCUUAAUUCCUAUACCACCUCUUCCUGAUAAACAAAUAUCAGGGCGAUACCAGCAAGAUUUUAUUGAUCAUCGAAUGAAUCAGCUUCAGAUGUGGGUAAACAGAAUAUGUCGACAUCCUGUUCUGUCGCAAAGUGAAGUUUGGAUGCACUUUUUAACUUGUACUGAUGAAAAGAGAUGGAAAACGGGUAAACGAAAUGCUGAAAAAGACAAAUUAAUAGGUGGUUCUUUUUUCCAUGCUAUUUCAACACCAUCUUCACCUUUGGAUAAUUCAGUUGUGGAAAAGCAAGUUGAUCAUUUUCAUCGGUUUGUUAUGAAAAUGGAUGAUAGCGUAAAGCAGCUGUUCAGUGUAGCUGUUGACCAACAUAAAAGAUAUGCAGGACCUGUAAGAAAAGAAAUUCAAAGAAUGUCUGAUGCUUUCAAAGACCUAGGAAUAGCUUUCCAGAUGGAUUCAUCUCCAAGUUCAGAUCCUCUAACAGCAGCCAUAAAACAUACUGCAGGUGUUUAUGAAGAACUGGGGAAAAUGUAUGAAGAUCAGCCUAAAUAUGAUGUAGAACCAAUGGCAGAUGUCUUACAUGAAUACAAAGGGAUGUUAUCUGCUUGGCCUGAUGUAAUACAUAUUCAAAAGUCUGCAUUGAAUAAAGUGUCAGAACAUAAAAAGUUAUCUGAAGAAGGAAAACUGAGCUCAGACAAUGUAGCAGCUAUCAGCCAACGUACUGAUGUUAUAUCUUAUGCAGCAUUGGCUGAAAUGAAUCACUUUCAACGGGAAAGAGUAGCUUAUUUUAAAAGUAUGAUGGAAACGUAUCUUACUGCUCAAAUCGAUUUCUAUCAGCGAAUUACUCAAAAGCUUCAAGAAACGUUAGCAAUGUACCAGAAUUCGUAAUUUUAACUGUUGAAUUUGGUGAGGUGUAGUAAACAUCUCAGGAUGAAUUGAUUAGGUAUAAUUGUUGAAUUUUGCUGGACAAUCUAUCCUGUUUUGAAUUUAAUUGUUUUACAAAUUUACUUAAUAGCUUAUUCAAAGAUUUGCAGCUUGUGAAGUUAUUAAAAAACAUGAGCUUAUUUAUGUAUUUUGUAUAUGCUGCAAACUUGUUGUAUUCUCCUAAAUGAAUUUUUGAAAGUUUAUAAUAUUAUCAAGAAUUCUUUUAGGAGACAUUUAUUUAUAUAUUAUGUAUUAUGUUAGAGAUAUUUGUCUCCUUAUAUGUAAAUCUGCUUUUGGGAGACAACUAAGCUCUGCUUUAACAUAUUUUAGUGUAUUUUUAUAAAGUUCAGAUUGUAAUAUGUGUUGGUUAAAAUCAUGAAAAAUUGCAGGUAACAGCUAUAGCUUAAUUAUGUGUUUUUUGCUUUAAUAAAGUAAUUGUAAUUAAAUAAUUGUUUUUGUUUGCUAGAAACAAACAAUACAAAAUAAGUGUGCUAUAUGAGUAAAUUUUUGUAUAUUUGUAAAAUUUGGUUUUUUGUUAAGUUGUGACAGUGUAGGUAAAUGGCUUAAAAAUGCCGAAAUUGAAUCUGUAAACUUGUUUUGAAGAUUUGGUAUUUUCUAUUUCAGAUAUAUAUAUAUAUAUAUGUAUUUCUAGUGUAAUGUUUUUGAAGAAAAUCUCAUUUUUCUAACCUGUCAUGAUAAAAUUGUCAAAAUGUUUUCUCUUUGUGUUGAACUCUGAUGUAUUUUUGAAAAGAUGUUUUCAGAUAUUAAUUGAAAUCUUUUCUUUUAAAAGUUCUGCGAGGUAGAAGAUGUUCAUUUCAUUUUUAUUUAGGUUUAAAAAAAUUAUUGCUACUGUACUUAAUAUUUAGUCUUGAACUUUCAUGUAUGCUAUUUUUAUAAAUUAAAUAAUAUUAAUGUUAAAAAAUCCCUUUGCUUAUGUAUUUAUUCUCUCUUGUGUUAUGAUUUCAUGAUGGAAGUUGAGUGAAGUGGGCAUUCAUAAUAUUUAUCUAUCUUUUGUGAUGAGCAAAUGUUGAAGUGUUAUUAAUGUCAGUAUUAUGUUUGUUAAAUACUGCCUUUUGUAAUAACUUAUGUAAUGGAGAAUGUACAUAUAUUUUCUCCUCCAUAAAAUUUUGAACUUUAAGAUAUUUUUUAAUCUUCAAAUAAAGUAAUAUAAUUGCACUGUAAUAUCUGAGAUAUUUUUAAUAAAGGACUUUGAUGUAGAAGAUUAAGUGGUAUCACUUAGGUAUAAAAGUAGUUUUGAUUUUAAAAUACUAAAUGAAUAUGUCUUAUGUAAAUAUGUAAUAAUCCAUAUAGCGUUCAUUGUUUAAUAGUGAUUUAUUGUAAAGCCUUGUUAAUUCUAUUUAUUAUGAAAUGCUGUUGGUUUUAUUCAAAAUUUCUUAAGCUAUAUUUUAAGAAUUCAAAUGGCCUUGUCAUUUAGGGAGUUCUGAUAAAAAAUGCAGCAAAAGAUGGACAAUCGUAUGAGUAAUAGCAAACAAUGUAAAUACAGUACUAAAAAGAUAUAUUUUAUUGAUUUGUUUUAUAUAUAUAAUAUUAGCAUGUUUGAGAUUGUAUAUUCUGUAUUUUAAGAAGCAAUGAUAUUGACAUCAUUAGAAUUUUCAAGUAAUUUUAUAUUGAAAAGCAUUACAUUUUGAAAAUUAAUAGAAAAGACAAUGAAAAGCCUAUGAAAUGAAUUUUCUUUUGUUAUGUAUAACAUGCAUGUUUAUACUGUUGCAUUUUGUGGUGAAGUGGCACAUGUAAACUAUUUUUAAAAUUUGUGAGUAAAGGCCAAAAAUAUUUUAUUUAUAAGGUAAUUAUAAAAUUCAAGUAUUAGAAUUUACUGUAUGAAGUAUGGUUAUCUCUGUAUGUACAUCUGCAUAUUGUGUAAUUCAUAGUGUUGAAGCUUCUUUUAAACUAAUGCUAUAUGUUAUUAUUUGAAAGAAGGGACCAUCAUAUUUUUCUUUUACUUAUUUUGAUUUCAAUGGGUUAUGCUUUCUUUUUUUCAUUUAUCAUAUAUCAUAACUUAUGUUUUGCUUGUGAAAAUCUCAUUUUACUUAUGCAUUCUUAUUUGCUAGUCAGAGAAGAAAAAUUUAUUUAUGUAUUUGUGACUUAAAGCACAUACCAUUUUGAUUUUUGUAUGUUAGUGUUGUAGAUCCAUCAAUUUAUAAUUAUUACUUGCAGAAUGACUUCACUCUCAAAUAGUUACUAUUUUAUAUAUGUUUACUUGCACAUACAUUCUGAUUUUUGUAAAAAGUGCUUCCUUAUAUCAGAUAUAUUAGUCUUUUUAUAAAGAGCUAUAAAAAUAAAAUUUCUUCAAAGAGUUGUUUUAUUUAUUAUUUUCAUUUAAAUAUUAUUGAAAUGUAACAAAAUGAAUUUCAUUCAGUGUUAUCCUGAUGUAUAUGUUUUAAUGAAAAAUGUAUUUCUCUGAGCUAUAAUUUUGAUUUAUUCUGUUAUACAAUUUCUUUCUGUAAUAUGAAUACGAGUAAGAUGUUUUCAUGUAUAUAAGCUGCAAACUUACUAUUUUAUGUAAUGAAGUUGUCAUUUAGUAUCUUCUGUAUUCAAAAAUUGGCAUGAAUUGAUUACAACUUCAGUUAAUUUUAAUGAAAUUAUUAAGGAAAUCUUCCCAAUUUUAUUAUGUGACUGAUUUUAAUGAAUAUAAAAGUCACUUUUACAUAUUAUUUUGAUACAAGUGAAAGAAAACAAAUUUACAGCACAUGUACAUGUGUUGUAGUAUCUUAAACAAGACUAUAUGUCCUGGGUGUUUAAAAAAGGCUACAUAACUCAAUAUCUGUUAAAUAGUUGGUUAUAAACUUAAGAUCCCAGUUUAAGAAAUAAAUCAAAUAGCUUUC